CAUCCGUGCCAUUCGCUCUAGAUCUGUCAAUGCCUUGCUGACCCUUUCCGACCAAGAUCCCUAUUUGCUUAUCAGCGCACCACAGUCUGACAGCACGUUGCGAAAGUGAAUCUCAAAUCGAUUGUCCUACUCGGAACGGAAUGGCGUCUUUACGAGUGCUGCUGCUAUCGGUUCUACUUACCCAGCUUGGAACGACAUUCACUCAACAGAUCUACGAGUGUGAUGAAUCAUCAUCUUCGAACGGCAUUUGCGUUUUAAAAGAUGUUCAACUUCCAUCUCCGGAUGAUAUCAACUCGAUCGAGCUACCUGCCGAACAGUCGGUAGUUCAGUUCAUCAACGGUAACAUUCCCGACUUUGGACAACCGAUCUACGGACAGCUGGAAAUCACAACCAACCUCACGAUCACCAGAUCGGCACUGAAGAAGCUCUUUGUCGGUUCACUGCUAGUGCACCUCAAUGCCAGUUGGAACUCGUUAACUCGACUGGAUCGCGCUUCCAACGAAGACUACAGCAAUCUGAAGGUGCUCGUCCUAUCGCACAACUCGUUCGACCGUGUUCCAAACGUCAAAGACUUUGUCGCUAUCGAAUGGCUUGAUUUGUCGCAUAAUGAGCUAGAUUUCAUAAAUCUGGAUAUUUUCGGCCGCUUGCAGAAGCUGAAGCUGUUGGACUUAACAUCCAAUAAGAUCCGUUCCCUGGAUACGGAGAAAGGAUUCCGACUACCGAGCUUGACUGAAUUCCGUCUAGCCGAUAAUCAACUGCUCGAACUGGACCUCACUAAUUGGUCCCUACAGAAUUUGGCCAAACUGGACGUCAGCUCCAAUCUACUUCUGUACAUGAACGGAGCUGACCUGAACGGUUCCCUCUCGAAACUAACCCAACUCGGCUUAGCCGGAAACCAAUGGAACUGUCGAGCUCUAGCUAAACUCAUCGAAUCCCUACAGAAAAGCUCAAUAUCCGUCACCGGAGCAAGUGUCCCCUGUCCCGCCAACUACACCACCAUUCAGGGCGUCUGCUGUCUGGACAGUUACGUCAGUUACGUAGCACUACAAUCCCAGUGGGACAUCCGGAAGCUGCAGCGUGAGAUGCGAACGAUGAAUGAAACAUUGGUGCAAAAGUUGGCCGCGGUUCGGGGCGAGCAGGGUUCCCAGAUUGCGUUGUUGGAGCGUAAGCUGUCCACCCAGGAGAAGAGGAUGGUUCGGAUGAAGCAGCACCUGCUGACGAUGGCACGGAUGAUCGAGGAUCUGAUUGAGGAGUUGUACCUACGGGAGAAGGAAGCGGAAAGUGUGUACGCACAAACCAAACAGCACGGUGGCGCGUCGGUGCGGAUUGUUUUUUAAAUUUGCAUUUUAAUAAAAUUUGUACAUGGGUUUUAAUCGA